AUGGCUCUACCUAUGCUCAUAGGAGGCGCCGAGUGUGGACCCUCCAACCCCCUUCAGGGACUCUCCAAACGAUUUGAUCAGGACAGAGGUCUUCAACAGGAUAACUUUGGUGCAGGUCGGGCUAGUUCAUCGCGGGAUGUCUUUCGAUCUCAGCAAGCUGGCGUUGCGCCAGCCGAAGACGCGGCCAGGUUUUUCUCCAACGCCUCUUCGGCUUCUGAAUUCUCAGCGGAAACGCCAUACAAUGUACACGCGUUACGCGCUGCAUUACCCAUGACUCAGAUGCCUAUGACGCAGCCUUUGCCACAACAAAGAAACUUGGCCGCGUGGGCUGCUGAUUUCUCCCAACACCAGCAGAUACUUUCGCCCACUUCCCAACAUCUUGUACACAAUAACAUCGAAGAGGCUAAGCAAGAUUUACACUAUAGAGGGGACACUGCGAUAAUACAACAACCUGGUGUGCAAUGGAAUUUAGGACUCACACAGUUUCGUAUGAAUCAAACCCCGGCGUACGCUCCUGCACUACAUAUGCAACAGCAGCCUGUCAUUUCCAACAAAAGGAUCUCCUGGGAUCGGGAAUUCAAUGCUCAAGUGCUAUCCUUGGAGACUUCUUCGACGAUGGAAAUUGAACAAAAGCAAGAAAUAUAUCAGCAGACGCCUCGAGAGCAGGAUGAUUUGGCUCGAACUGCCGGCAUGCUGUUAGAGAAUAUUAAGAACGAGCAAAAUCCCAAAUUCCAAAAAAGCCAGUUCUUAGGCUUGAUGAAGCAGCUCCGUGACGGAGAGGUUGUCGUAGAUGGGAACCAAAUGGUGGAAAACAAUGGGCAGACUUCUCAAGUGGACCUCAAGGGAAAGGGCAGGGCUACGGAACCUACCGUAUUAAAUUCGGGAUCAGCCCAUGCACCGAUUUCGAACUUUGCUGGCUCUGCUGUUCGUGAUCUAGCUGCAUUGGCUGAGGCGCAAAGGCAAACAGACGACAAGCAGGACAGUGGUGAAGAUGUUAAUGAUGCGUACUUCCGUCAAGAAAACGCCGAGUUUACACAUUAUUGGAACACACUGCACCAACCGACUACCAAUGCAGAUAUUGGACCCACUGCGGAGACGUUGGCCUGGGAUAAGCUACAAAAUGACUGGGAUCAUUUUGAAGCGACCUCCUCAGGGAUCAAACCCAUAUCCAAGUACCAUUUCCAGAGCAACAACCCUUAUCUCCUUGGCGAUUCUUCGAGAACACGCCACCAUCUAAUGCACGCAGAGACCCAGUCUGUUCUUGAGAGCGUUCUUGAAUUGGAAGCUGCCGUACAACGCGACCCAAGUAACGCAUCCGUGUGGUAUGAGCUGGGCGUUAAGCAACAGGAAAAUGAACGAGAGCAAAAAGCUCUCCAAGCUCUCCAGCGUGCCGUUGAGCUUGAUCCAUCCCAUCUUCCAUCUUGGCUCGCGUUAGCCAUUUCGUACACCAAUGACAACAACCGUCAGGGGACCUAUGACGCUAUACAGGAAUGGGUGGAUAAAAACGAAAAUUACCGUGAUGCCGUUCAGAAGUUUCAAUCGCAGGUCGCAGAACCGGCCAACGCGACUAUCGGAGAACGCUUUUCGCGCUUGAUACAAUGCUUGAUCACUAUGGCUAGAAGUGAUUUGAGUGGGAAUAUUGAUGCAGAUAUACAGAUUGCCCUUGCUGUUUUAUUGAACACCAACGAGGAAUAUGAAAAGGCUCAAGAUUGUUUCCGAACGGCGUUGGCUGUUCGGCCAGAGGAUUGGCUUCUUUACAACCGGGUUGGGGCAACUAUGGCGAAUAGCGGCCGCGCGGAGGAAGCGCUCCAAUAUUAUUAUCGAGCGCUUGAGCUCAAUCCAGGUUACAUCCGUGCUCGCUUUAACUUGGGAAUAUCGUGCAUUAACUUGCGGCGAUACGAAGAGGCCGCGCAACAUAUACUGGAUGCGUUGGUUCUUCAGGACAGUGACGGUGUGCAAGAUAGCACGAGUAUGAACGACAGGCGUGGAGUCGUUUCGACCGCAUUAUGGGACAGCUUGAGGACGACGUGUUUGUACAUGCACCGCCCAGAUCUAGCUAAUCUAUGUGAUUUGAAAGAUCUCGAAGAAUUCCGCAAUCGGUUUCAGUAG